UAGAUCUUCAUUGUGUAUGUAUUUAGAAGAAAGAAAGAAAGAUAAACUGAAAAAUUCAUAUCCACUUUUGUUCGUCUACAUCUGAUCUGAUAUCCACUCUGGAAGGAUGGCAAGCCCAAAACUCUUUGGGUUUUUCAUUAUACAUCUUCUUGUUCUUUUUGUAUCAAAUCCAUGUGUAGUUAUGAGCCUUAAUUCUAGCACUCUUUGCAUUAAGGAAGAGAGAGUAGCCCUCCUUAAAUUUAAAAAUUAUCUCAAGGAACCUGAAAAUCGCCUUUCUUCAUGGGUUGGAAAGGAUUGUUGUAAUGGAAAGGUAUAGAAUGUGACAAUCAAAGUGGUCACAUUCUAAAGCUUGAUCUCCAACAGGCAAACGCUUCAUGGGUUAGAGAUGUAAGUUGGCUCUCUACUCUGUCUUCGCUUCAGUACCUUAGUUUGAAUUUUGUUAAGGUUACCAGCACGGCCGAUGAGUUGUUUCAAACUGUGAUUAGGAUGCCAUCUCUGUUAGAAUUAUAUUUGAUGUCUUGCGAUCUUGAUACUCUCCCUCCAUCUCUUCCAUUCAAAAUUAUUACAUCACCACUUUCGGGGCUUGAUCUAUCUGGCAAUCCUUUUAAGAGGUCCUCAAUACCUUCAUGGCUUUUCAAUAUGAGUAACCUCACAUAUAUUAGUCUUUCUUUAUCAUCUCUAAGAGGUCCUCUUCCUCUGUUUCGGAGAGGGAAUCUCUGCAAGCUUCAGAAUCUAGACCUAUCCGAUAAUGAUCUCACUGGUGGUGUGACUCAAAUGUUGGAUACCUUGUCAUUCUGUAGCAACCAAAGUCUGGAGUAUUUAGAUUUGAGUUCAAAUCACCUAACUGGGAAAUGACCAGCAUCAAUAGGAAACUUAUCAAAACUAAGUUUUCUGUACUUGGAAGGUAACAUGAUGAAUGGGAAAAUUCCAAAAAGUAUUGGUCAACUAACCCAGUUGAAUACUCUAAAUCUAUUCCAGAACAACUGGGAUGGCACAAUGACAAAUAUUCAUUUCCAUAAUCUCACAAACCUAUUCAGUUUCUCUGUAUCAUCUAAAACGAACUCAUUUGCCUUCAAAGCGACACAUGACUGGAUUCCACCUUUUAAGCAAUUAUAUUAUCUGAAAAUUCAUGGUUGUCAAGUUGGCCCUACAUUUCCUAAUUGGCUCAGAAACCAAACGGGCUUGGAGUAUGUAAUCCUAGAAAAUGCUGGAAUAUCUGGGGAGAUACCCCGUUGGCUUUACAGCAUGUUCUCCCAUAUUCGGGAGCUAGAUCUUUCUCACAGCAAAAUAAGCGGCUACCUUCCCAAAACAUUGAACUUCUCCAUCCCACUUUGGUGUACUAUCACUGCUCUUGAUCUAAGGAACAACUCGUUGUCUGGAACAGUGCCUGCCAAUAUUGGUGAAGAAAUGUCAAACAUGGAGUACUUGGAUCUCUCAAAUAACAAUUUGAAUGGGAGCAUUCCACAAUCCAUAAAUAGGAUGCAAUUGUUGUUAUAUCUUGAUUUAUCUAACAAUUAUUUGACAAGAGUUGUCCCCGUGUUUUCAAUGAGUUUGGACUGGAAAGAAACUGAGACCACUGAAGAAAAGGAAGACAACAGCAAUAGCCUUAUAUACUUGUCCUAUUCAAAUGAAUAA